AUGAGAUCUUUUUACUUAUCUUCAAAUCUGCAGCUUUCUCUUUCGAUUCUUGUUUUAGGGUUCCUCUUUGUUUCAUGUGACGCGAUUGCCUCUAAAGAAGUUGAAGCUCUUAGGAGAUUCAAGGAAGCUAUUUAUAAGGAUCCAUUGUUAGUUAUGUCUAAUUGGAAUGUCCCCAAUUUGGAUCCUUGUGCUUGGAACGGUGUUAAGUGCUCUUCGACUAAAGAUCAUAUUAUCAAAAUAAAUAUAUCGGAUACAUCGAUAAGAGGGUUUCUUGUGCAAGAAAUUGGUCAGAUAACCUACUUGCAAGAACUGAUCCUCCGCGGGAACAUUCUAAUGGGAACAAUACCAAAAGAGAUAGGAAAGUUGAAGAAACUCAAGAUCUUAGACUUGGGAAACAAUCAUAUAACAGGACUCGUUCCCGCAGAGAUCGGGAAUUUGGCAAGCAUUAAGAUAAUAAACCUUCAGUCCAAUGGUUUAACUGGAAAGUUACCUCUAGAGAUUGGAAAUCUGAAGUACCUUAGAGAACUUCAUAUUGACAGAAAUAGGCUUCAAGGAAGUAUUCCCGUUGCUAGUACAUCGAAAAAUGUUGCUUCAAAUGCAAGUGCAAACAUCACUGGUUUGUGCAAGUCUCCUCAUUUGAAAGUGGCGGAUUUCUCCUACAACUUUUUCGAGGGAGGAAUUCCGACGUGUCUAGAUUACCUUCCAAGAACGAGCUUUCAAGGAAACUGCAUGAAAACCAAGGAUGUUAAGCAGAGGCCUCCUUCAGAAUGUGCUGCAAAUGUGGCCAAGAAGAACAAACGAGUAUCGACACCUAUGUGGCUUUUGGAUUUUGAGAUAGUCACAGGGUCAUCGGUUGGUUUGCUCUUUCUAGUUAUAAUUUUCUCCGUAUGUAGCAUGUGCAACUUAAAGCGCUCUCUCAUCGUUCCCUGGAAGAAAUCUGCAAGUGAAAAGGAGCAGUUCACGGUCUACGUUGAUUCUGAAAUGCUGAAGGAUGUUUCAAGAUUCACAAGACAAGAGCUAGAAGUGGCGUGUGAAGACUUCAGCAACAUAAUUGAUUCUUGCGUGGAUAGUCAAAUAUACAAAGGAACGAUUAAAGGCGGAACUGAGAUUGCGGUUGCGGAUUUGGCUAGAUUAAACCAUGAAAAUGCGGGGAAAUUACUUGGAUACUGCAAAGAGAACAAACCGUUUACAAGAAUGCUUGUUUUUGAAUAUGCAUCAAACGGGACACUAUACGAGCUCCUCCACUAUGGGGAAGGGAGUUUAGUAUCAUGGGCAAAACGCAUGAAAAUCGUUACAGGCAUCGCACGUGGUCUCAAGUAUCUUCAUACUGAACUCGAUCCUCCGUUUACAGUCUCUGAGUUGAACUCAAAUGCAGUGUAUCUCACUGAAGAUUAUACUCCCAAACUGGUUGAUUUUGAAUGCUGGAAGACGAUUAACGUGAGAUCAGAGAAGAAUUUGAGGGAUAUCAGUAGUGAAGGAGCUAUAUGUGUACUUCCCAACGCAAUGGAGCAUCGAGAUCUGAAUUUACAAGGGAACAUAUACUCAUUUGGCAUACUUUUGCUGGAAACUGUAAGCGGAAGACCUUCUUAUUGCCAAGAAAGAGGUUGCUUGGUUGAAUGGGCAAAGGAGAAGUAUCUUGGUGCACCAGACGUGAUGGCUAGUUUGGUGGAUCCGGAGAUGAAGCACUUCAACCAAAAGGAACUUGAGGCGGUAUGUGAAGUGGCUAGUCAAUGCUUGAACUUGGACAAGAAUGAAGAAGACAAGAAGAAGCUUUCUUCAUUGGUUCAGGAGCUUUGUGAGACAUUGGAAAGUAGAAUCAGAGUGUCAAUUUCAGCAGAGCUCAGGUCAUCAUCUUUGGCAUGGGCCGAGCUUGCGCUGGCUUCGCCUUCAAAUGAAGCUGAAGAUGAAAGGAGGAGUAUUUUUUAG